AUGGUAGAAUCAAUGGAAGUUCCACCAAAGAUGAAGGAUCCAGGGGAAUUCAGCAUCACUUGCACCAUUGGGGGGAUAAAAAUUCCACAUGCUUUAUGUGACUUAGGAUCGAGUACCAAUCUCAUUCUGCUGAGCAAACUUAAGGAAUUGGAGAUAAAAGACAUUAUACCGGGCAACAUGACCCUCACUUUGGUCGAUUCAUCUGUGACUCGUCCGCUUGGUAUUCUACAAUAUGUGCUAGUUCAUGUCGAUGGUUUGACCUUCCCUGUAGACUUUGUGGUGAUUGAUAUGAAAAAUAAUUCGAAAGGGUCAGUGAUUCUCGGACGCCCAUUCUUGGCAACCGGGAGAGCAAAAAUAGAUGUGGAGACAACUGAAUUAAUUUUGAAGUUUAACAAGGAAAAUAUGGUGUUUAAUGCAUAUCAAUGGAAACCAUAUGUGGAGGAUAUUGGGACAUGCUAUAAAUUGAAAGAGAAAGGUAAUAAAGUUCACAAGAGAAUGAGAAAAAGAGUUUUCAUCGGCGUUAGGGUAUCCCUUGCACUUGACGUGUUUUGA